AUGGCUCCCUCAACUAUUGCUAACAUGAUGCGCCGCCGUUGCUCUCUUGGUGAUCCCAUUGCCUCGUACUCCCCUCCACCAGAUGAUUUCGAGUCCCGUCGACGUCGAGGAUCGCGACCUCGUCGCUCCGACACACUUUACACUGCUCCUCGUCGUCGGGAUGAAGAAGAAGAGAACGAGAAUAUCAUUGACGAUGAACAAGACCAAACUGGAGCAAGGCGUUACCAUCUUCGGAAGCGUACCACGCCAAGAGGAGGAGUCGAGGAGGGAAAGCGUCCCCGGUCUGAUGAUAUCGACCCCAAGGCCAAGGCCAAGGCCAAGCAGGAGGAGGUUGAUCACAGUGUCACCUUUGAGAGUGUAGCAGGACAUUCUCAUCACAUUCAAGGUUUGAAGGAAAUGGUUUUCUUACCUCUAAUCUAUCCGCAUUUUUUUUCGAGUCAAAAUAUCACACCACCAAGGGGAGUUCUCUUUUGUGGUCCUCCUGGCACUGGCAAGACAUUGAUGGCCAGCGCCUUGGCCUCUGAGGCUUCCAUGCUUGCCGGCCACACUGUAAGUUUCUACAUGAGGAAAGGUGCAGACUUGCUGAGCAAGUGGAUGGGCGAGUCUGAGAAACAGCUCACGCUUCUUUUUGAGGAAGCAAAGAAAAAUCAACCAUCUAUCAUUUUCUUUGAUGAAAUUGAUGGACUGGCUCCUGCUAGAUCCGCCAAACAAGAGCAAGGUCAUAUUUCUGUUGUUUCUACAUUGCUUGCUCUCAUGGAUGGUCUUGAUUCUCGUGGAGAAGUGGUUGUCAUCGGAGCCACCAACCGAGUUGAUGCAAUUGAUGGAGCUUUGCGCCGCCCCGGAAGAUUUGAUAGGGAAUUCUACUUUAAUUUGCCUGGCCGUGAGGCCCGUGUUGAAAUUUUAGACAUUUACACUCGAAAAUGGAAGCACCCUCCUUCAAAUGAAUUAAAAUUGGAGCUUGCACAUAGAUGUGUCGGAUAUUGCGGUGCUGAUUUGAAGGGUCUUUGCAAUGAAGCUGCCAUUCGUGCUCUCCGUCAUAAAUAUCCUCAGGUAUACACAAGGACUCAUGAGAAGUUUGAUAUUGAUGUUGAGUCAGUAAGGGUUGAAAAAUAUCACUUUGUUGAAGUCAUGUCAACAAUCACCCCAGCUGCUCACAGAGGUGCUUUUGUGCACUCCAGGCCAUUGUCUUUAGUGGUUGCACCAUGCCUGCAGAGGCAUCUCGACACAGCCAUGGAAUAUAUAUCUGAUAUUUUCCCUUGUGGCUCUGCCAUUCCUCUUGUUGUCUAUAGGCCUUGGCUUUCUAUAUGUGGUGCUGAAGGUUAUGGCCCGGAAGAUCUUGGUCCUGCUAUUUUACAUGAACUCGGUGACAAAUUUCCUAUUCAUUCUCUAGGACUUGCUUCUCUUGUAUCUGAUGCAAAGACACUAGAGGAGGCGCUGGUACAUAAAGUUGAUGAAGCAAGGAGAACGACGCCAUCAAUUCUCUAUUUGCCACAUUUCCAAGAGUGGUGGAAGGCGGCAAAUAAGCAGCUCCGUGCAGUUUUGCUGACUUUGCUACAAGAUUUUCCAUCUGAUCUACCUGUAUUACUACUUGUAACGUCAUCAGUGCCACCUGCUAAAGUUGGUGCCACGACCUCUACAAUACUCUCGCAAUGUCGUGUCUAUAAUGUCGUGAUGUGUGAUGAAGAUAUCUCUUUGUUUUUUGACCGUCUCAUCAAAGCUGCUGUGGAGGGCACAACUGAAAGGGUGAGUGCUCAACUUGGUAAUGUCCAGCAACAGUCACCUGCAGCUUCAGGAACACAAGCUUCUGCGGGAUCUCAAGACAUGAAGAUGUUGGAUGGUUAUAUUACAGACAAAAUCAAGUCUCUCAAGCUGCGUUUUGUGCCGCAGACCAAAAACUUUAGCAUUCCACAGUUCCAGAGGCUUUACGCAGAAAUUAUGGAGGCCGUCUUAAAGAUCAAGAACAUAACACUUAUUUUCGAGUACUUGUUUCAAUUUGCAGACAAUGAAGAAAAUUUCCCGAAAAUUAUGCAUCAGAUAAAGCACCGUCAAGUGGUGGCUCGAGCUUUAAUCAGCUUCUUGGAAUCAAAUGAGCUUGUAAAGAAACUGCAAGUCAUCACUGCUGGCUGGUUAUCUACAUGUCGUGAUUCUGGUUUGAGCUUUAAAAUGAUCACAUAUGCUAAUGCGAAGAACAGUGUGGUAGCUUUUCAAACUUUCAUACAAGAUUUUGAUAAUAAAGAAAAAUUGCAAGAACCAACAGAUUCUGCCACAAGAGAUCCUACAGUGAGAGGGAGAGAUCAAGCUGUUGAAUUUAAAACCAGGUGCAUCGCAGCUUCUACAUCAGAGCACAUUUCCAAGAUGAGGAGCACAGCUGCAGUGCAGAAGGAGCUACUCCAAAUGAUGUCAAAUAAAGCUUGA